UUUUGGGGGUUUUUUUUACUUGUUGAGUAAGGAUCAUUUUAUUAACUAUAUAAGAAUAAUUCACGAAUAAUAAUAAUUAAUAAAGAAAAAGAUGGAUGUGAAGAUCGGAAAGUUGUUUGACUCGAUAGGCGACUUCUUCACCGGCGGCGGCGAUUCCAUUCCCUGGUGCGACUCCGACAUUGUUAUUGGUUGUGAGCGUGAGGUAGCUGGAUCUGAAAACGCUUCCGAGGAAUACAAAAAUGAGUGUCGGCUACGUUUGUCUUGGUCUCUUGUUCACUCAAAGCGACCCGAAGAUGUCCAACGUGGCAUCGCUAUGCUUGAAGGUUCAAUGGCCAAGACUAGUGACCCGUUGCAAAUGAGAGAAAAGAUGUAUCUGCUUGCUGUUGGUUAUUAUAGGAGUGGUGACUACUCUAGAAGCAGGCAACUUGUUGACAGCUGUUUGGAGAUUGCACCUGACUGGAGGCAGGCAAUUAGUCUCAACAAGGCAAUUGAAGAUCGUAUUAAGAAAGAUGGAAUGAUUGGCAUCGGUAUUGCUGCCACUGCCGUUGGUGCUGUUGGUAUAUUGGCUGGUGGACUAGCAGCCGCACUAUCUCGCAAGAAAUGACAACAUACGACAUGUGAUGUAAUAUCGUUUUCAUGAUGUUGAUACCAAACGGAAUAUGUCCUACCUCUGUAAAACAAAACAUAUGAAUUAGUUCACUUCUCUUAAAUAUGUAGUUUUGUGUUACUGUUACCUCUACACUAGAUAUGAAAAAAAAUUUGCAAAAUUAAAAAAUUCGGUUACAGGUUUGACAGGUUGAUGAUUCAAUCUGAAUGAUUUUGGGUUUGUGUA